UGUAAACGGAAGUGAACAGGUGACCAAAAAACAUUUCCACAUUAACGUUAAUAUUGUUGUUAUUUAGACGUUUAUUAACUCACUGGAACUUUACAAUAUGACCCAUUUAACUGCACAGCAUUACCUCGUGUAGUCUUUCAUUCGCAUUGGAGACAGGACUUGAUAAAUGUUAUCUAGGUAACGCUAGCUAGCUGCAAAAGUUAGCAAACAAUGGCUAACUGUAUGGUUUUUCACACUCAAAUAGCCUCCAUCAUGGAGGUGCUAGCGAAUGCAGCCGUGGCAGAGAUCUGUAAACUCGUAGACGACGACUAUGCAGUGUUUCGUGUGGAAAUUUCUCAAAGCCAGAAAGAAAACAGGGGAUUACGGAGGAAACUACAACUACUGGAACUGAAGGUGGCACGGGAGCGCGCAGAGAGGACCAUUCGAGAGCGCGUCCUCGCCAGUCGUCCCAGUAGUGUCAAGAUCCUCGACAGAUACAGGGGAAUGGCAAGAGGUGAAGGACAUCUCACUGGAGGCCACAGGAGCUUUGUGAAGCCAGCAGGACACAACGCUUGGAGAGAUGACCAACCCAUAUCUAUAGAUGAGGGGAGUGGAAUCUCAACCCAGCAUGUUAUCGUAAUAGAGUCUGCAGAUGCAGAGGCUGCAGGUCCUGGAGGAUCGUCUCUGGUCAAACAGGAGAUGACUGAAGGAGAUGACCCACGACACAGCAGAGACAUCCAGACUGGCGCAGUGGCUGAAGUGGCACCCCUUUUAGCCACGGAGGACCCCGCCGCCACUCCCCAGCCCAGGAACCGACGCAGCAUCACGGAGGAGGAGGAGGGUCCAGAGGUGCUGCUGGUGAAGGAGGAGGGGUGUGAGGAGAGUCUGGGGAACCCUGAGGGGACCAUGGUCAUGGAGGACAACCAGACUACACCUCCUCCUGAACCCACAGAGGAACCAACUGAGCAGCACAGGACCACAUACAGUCUCACUGAGUCAGUAGACACGGAGGAUGUGAAGCCUGAUCUGCUGCUGAUCAAAGAAGAGACAAUAAAGGACGGACCAGAGAGAAUUGACCUGCGGAGUGGACUAAAGAUGGGGGAGCAAGGUGGUUGGCUGGAGGCAAACAGAGGAGACUGUGUGACCAUCUUGGAUUCCCAGACCCAGAUGGGUGCAGCGAAGGGCCCAGGGGACAACAUCACUGAGCAGGCCAGGACCAGAGGCGACAUAUUGGAGUCUACAGUCCACAAGGACUUGUUAAUAUCCAGUGUUGCUGGUGGGAGAGACUGGACCUCUGAGGUGGCUGGUCACAAACCCUGGCCCCGGAUCAGGAUCAUGGAUCAGGAGCCGUCGCUCUUUCUUCCUGAGUCGGAUCCAGGACCCAAACGUGAGGGACAGAGACUCCACCACCACACAGAACACAACCAGCGGACAGGUGGACUGAACAACCUCAGACAUGGUGGUCAUCAGAGAGACAGAGGCUCCAGUCUGCAGCCCAGACCCUUCUCUUCACAGUCUCAGUGCAGUGAUGGAGCAGGGCCUGGGGCUGAUAGAGAUAGACCCUCCUGUUCCUAUGAUACAAACACCACAGUAUCUAUGAUGAAAAGAGCAAGACACCCUGGGCUUCAGCCUUCCGAGAGAGUGGAGGGAGACUCCCCUGAUGGGAAUCUAACAGGAAGUUUGUCUUCUCUUUCAGGGUCUCGUCUAAUGCCUAGUGACUGGGUUCAUAAAAGGCCUGGGCCUGGGCCUGGGUCUAGCCUUCCUCAGCUACUUCAUGGUUACCCUACCAACACAGCACACAAUUCCAACAACACCCAAACAAUGACUAGAGGAGGGAGCUCAAAGACUAACCACCUGAGUGUGGUGGGUCCUGCUUCUACCUCGCCUGGUGUCAUUGGAUCACAGCGUGGGAGACAGAGCAUUAGGGGGGAUGCCGACAAGCCAUACGCCUGCCCAACAUGUGGGAAGCGCUUCGCUCAGUCAAAUUAUGUGAAGAUGCAUCAGACCGUUCACACCAAGGAGAAGCCCUUCAAGUGCAAACUAUGUUACAAGAGCUUCUCCUUCCUGACUAACCUUACCAGACAUAAGAGUGUCCACAAUGGGGAGAAAUUGUAGCACUGUGGCUUGAGUUUUAUAUAGGGGAUAUCUGGGAACCAUUCUUUAGCUGACAUUAUAUUUAUCAUGUGAAGUGUCUUGGGGUACGAUAUAUAUAUAUUUUUAAGUAUUCUAUGUCCCUCAGUUGAGCAUCUGGGUACACUCACAUUCUCAAAUAUACAGACUUGUUGUUUUGGGUGCUGGCAUAGCCAAAACACUGUCAUGUUAUUGAAGAGCAACAUUAUAUUUCCCCUCAAUUUAUUUUUGCCUAUGUUCUAUUCAUAACAAAUAUAAUGUCCCUCGCAACAUUAUUUAGCAUAAUCAGGUGGUACCUGUUCCUUUAUGUACUAUAAUUAAGUGAUCAAAUCUGUUAAUAAAUUAGAAUAAAUCUUGUUGAUUUUGUAUUUGCUUGUUGAUCAUUUAGAUUUCAAAUUGGCCUUAGUUUCCUUGGCUUAUAGUCCUAUGAGCUUGAAAGAUACUGAUUGUGAAAAGGAAAUUUGAUGUGUAAUGUAGUAAGCAGUACUGUACUUUAACGCCCCCAAAUAGCAGUCUAUUUUUAAAUCAUGUUGUUUAUUUCAUGAAAAUAACUCCAAAUAUAUCAUUUAUUUCCCUGAACCUCUCUUUGCCAUUGAAAUGCUGAGGGGAAAAUACAUUUUUAUUAAAUUACUGUUGCUGCAUCCCUGUUGAUUUAAAUAAAACUUUCCAUACAUGUUUGC